GUUCGUGUAAGAUGGGGUCGCGCUGGGCACUCGCGUUUCCCCUGUUUUGUCUCGUCGGAUUAUUAUUCAUAGGUAUCACCACCGGCUGGUCGAGCGAUGGUGGCGCCAAUCAUGUCACACCCGCGCUCGCGCACAACAUACAGCUGCCCCGACGCUGGCGAACACUCCAAGACUUAAAUGCAAAUAAUAGUAGAGAACGCAGGAAUACUCCGGAACUGUCCACCGGCUCUUGGACGAUAUUCAGCGGCAACAACACCGCAACGGUCACCAGCACGUCGGGAUUCCAAAAUCAAAUUACAAACAACAUUAAAAAGAACUAGAAAAUAAA